UUUAUUCAAAAAUAAACUACGAUGUCUGACAACAACGAUCAUGGAGGACUUCCAGAUGACGCUGGGGAUAUUAAUAACUACGAUCUGGAUGAAGACUUCCCAGAGUAUGCCAAUGACCAAAAUAAGGAGCUCAACCUCAUUGUUAGGGAGAAGAUUCAGCUCAUUCAUCAUUUAAAUAUUGAGAUCGAAGAGCAUAAUGAAAGGCUAAAGAUUCUGGAGGAGCAUCUCAGAUCUGUCAAGCAAGAACUGAUCCAUACUCAAGCUUUGGUUGAUAGUAAAAACCAAGCUAUUGAGACUGAGGAGCACAUGAAACAGAUUGCAGAGAGGCAAGCUGGAAGACUCAAGAAUGAGCUAUCCAAACUUGACCAAAGAGUUGCCGACCAACAGGAUAGACUCAACAAUAUUCAGAAUAUGAUCUUCAAAGCAAAUGAGAAAAUGGACCAAUACAAACUCGAAAUGAACUGGAACCAGGAAGAACUUGAGCAAUGGGCCCUAGCUACCAGACAGAAAGAGGAAGAUAAUCUGACUCUUGAAAAAUAUAGAAGAGCUGAUGAGGCCCAAAUCAAGGAGCUGACCUUGACCAUCGAGAAGCUCACAAUUGAGGUCUCAAGAAAGGCCCAAGAACUUGAGAAAGAGGUCACAGAAACUCAAGCUGCCCAAAUUGAGCUGGAUAAAACAGCUCAAGAAUUUAAAAGAGUGCAUCAAGAGAGACAUAAAAUUUACCAGCAAUGGAGUGAAUCCAUCAAGGCUGCCAGAAUGGUUGAGGAACAAAUCGCCAGUCUUGGAGAAGAAUUUGGUAGAGCCAGAGAAUAUCUCAACAAAAAGAAUGAAGACUAUGCUGGCACCAACGAAAAACUCAAAAGAGAUAAAGAAGAAAAUAAAAACCUUGAGUCUGAAAUUGCUGUAGAAGAGAGGAAUAUCUCCAAACUUAGAGAGGACAUUGCAGCCAAGGAUGAGUUCAAAGAAAAUCUCACUGGAGAAGAAUCCAUUCUGAAGAACAGACUGACUUCAUUUGCCACUGAGCUUGCCAAUAGGAGAUCUAAUAUUUCUGCUCUCAAUUCUGAAUUGGAGGCCAAAAUGGAAAGACUAGAUACUUCAGAAAAGAGAUAUAACUCUACUAAAGAAAGACUCGAGAAGGAAAGAGGAGCCAAGGAUAAUCUUGAGGCUGCCAACACUAAUGCCAAAGAAGGAUACGAAGAAGCCGAUUAUCUAGUCAAUCAAGUCAACAAGGACAUUGAAUUCAAGAAGAAAGAUCUGUUCAACGAAUCUCAGAUGUUGUUUGAAUACAGAGAGAAACAAGCUAACCUCAUCAGUGAUAUUUCAGGAACCCUUUCUGCUACUAGGAACCUCAAUGCGAAUAUCAAUAAGCUCAAGUCCGAGAAGCAAAAGCAGAAAGAGCUGUUGUAUGAUGCCGAGUUCAACAUCCAGCAAAUGGAGAGAAAAGUUUCACAGGCUAAGGGAGAUAAAACCCUUGAAGAGGUGAAAAAGUCCCAAAAAGAGAUCGAUGAGCUCCAAGAAGCCCUUGAUGAACUAAAGGAAAAGCAUCACGGUCUAGAUAAAGCUAACAAACAGCUAAUAGAUGAGCUCAGAACCUUAGACAGAAAUAUCGUCAAGGUUAAGGAUGAAAGGUCGAACCUUGAAACCCAAAUUAGAGAGCUUGAGCUAGAAAAUGAAAUGGCUGUGAGUGACCUUGAAAAGAUCAAAACGCAUAAGGAAAGCACUCUUGUUCAGCACGACGUAAUGAAGCUUGAAAUCAAGAAGCUAAAGUACACUGUUAAUGUAGAAUCCGACAAAGUAUUCAGUCUCGAAAACAGAAAGUAUCAACUUGAGAUGAGUAUGGAGGAAAGAGAAAAGGAAAUCCAGGUUCACAAAGACAUCCUAGUCUCUGAGCUCAAAGCAGCUGAAGAAGAGAGACACAAGGUGGCAAAGGAACUUCAAAAGCGUAAAGUCAAGGUCAAGAAUCUUCGUGUUAAGUUUGAAGGACUUGUUCAAAAGAACAAGUCAUCUAGUGAGGAUCAAGACAGUGUUGGAGACCACUCUCAAGCCUAUUAUGUUAUUAAGGCAGCUCAGGAUAGAGAAGAGCUUCAGAGAUAUGGAGAUGAACUGGAUGGAAAAAUCAGUAAAUGCGAAAAGGAAAUUAAGGCUCUUGAAAAUACCUCGAACCAUUUGCUCAAAAGAAAUAAAAAUUACAGAGAUAAGUUCUUAAGAGGAGCUGAGGGUGCUGAUCUUGAAAAGAAGCAGAUUCUUGAAGAACAAUGUAGAGCUGCAAGUGAAACUCUGUUUAAGAAGAGAAAAGAAGUCCAAAAACUAAACAAAGAAUAUGAUGAUGACAUGAGUAGGUUGAUGGAAAUCCAGACAAGGCAUCAAAACUAUAUGAGGAAAAAUGAAGAAAUGAACCAACAAAAGGAAUAUCUCAAUAAAGAAAUUUCAGAGCAAGGAGGAAAAAUAGAUAGAGCUGAAAAUACAAAGGCUAGCAACCUUGAUCAAGUUAAAAGCUCAGUCCCUGAUUUCGAGGAUUCAACUAGAGCUAAAGAUAUAGCUCUUGAAGUUGAACAACUCAAGACUAAAUACCUAAUGAAUGCUAUUGGGGUCUUGGUAAAUGAUAUGCCAAGCUUGAAAGAAAUUCUGGAUCAUCCUCUCCAAGAAAUCGGAUUAGAUAUCCCUCAAGUAUCGGAGAGGCCAGGAACUUCUAGCUCUCAGAGAAGUAGAGCUAGCAGAGCUAGUGGUGGUAGCAGAGCAUCAAGAGGUAGUGGAGGAAGUAGAAUGAGUGGAUCUAGUAGGCCAAUGUAAUUUCUAAUCAGAACGGGAUUCAUUUAAGCUGAUUUCAAAUAUAU